AUGCCCUCCAAGGCCUCCAACAUGUGCGAGCGGUGCCAAGUCACCAAGGCGGUGAUGCGACGGCCUAAGAACUCACAGAAACUGUGCAAAGAGUGUUUUUUCCACGUUUUCGAAACUGAGAUCCAUCUCACCAUAUCCAAAGAGAACCUAUUCUAUCCAGGGGAGAAAGUGGCUAUUGGGGCCUCUGGUGGCAAAGACUCCACCGUUCUGGCGUCUGUGCUCAAGACACUCAAUGAGCGGUACGAUUACAAGUUGAAAUUGGUGCUACUGAGUAUAGAUGAAGGAAUAGUUGGUUAUAGAGACGACUCCUUAGCCACAGUUAAACGGAAUCAGACCCAGUACCAAAUGCCGUUGGAGAUCAUCUCGUACAAAGACCUCUACGACUGGACAAUGGACGAGAUUGUUUCCUGUUCGGGAGUCAAGUCCUCGUGCACAUACUGCGGAGUGCUCAGAAGACAGGCCCUAGACAGAGGAGCAGCAAAGCUCGGAAUCAACCAUGUGGUGACGGGCCACAACGCGGACGAUAUGGCUGAAACGGUUCUCAUGAACCUGUUACGCGGAGACACUGCUAGACUCGAGAGCUCCACAAACAUCACCACCAAAUCUUCCGGAUCGCCGAUCAAGAGAUCUAAACCGUUCAAGUACUGCUACCAAAAGGAAAUCGUCCUGUAUGCGCAUUAUAAAAAGCUCGACUAUUUCAGCACGGAGUGUACUUACGCACCAGAGGCGUUUAGAGGAACCGCCAGAGCGCUCAUGAAGAAUCUCGAAAGUGUGCGCACUUCCUGUAUUCUCGAUAUUAUUUAUUCUGGAGAGCAUUUCAAGCUCAAGCAAAAGAAAAAGAGACCACCACCAAAGAAAGACAGCACGCAGGAGGUGGAGAUCAACGCCGAUGGAUCUGUUUCGCUAUCCAAGAACGGAAACCGCUGCGAAAAGUGCGGAUACUUGUCCACCAACAAGAUCUGCAAAGCAUGCAUUCUUCUACAAGGCUUGGAGCUGAGCCGGGCCAAGCUGGCAGUCAGCUCCGAAUCGCCGGACUUGCCUGAAACUCCUUCCAGCUCCUCGAGUUGGUCUUCGGUGAAGAACUGGGAGUCGAUAUGCCAUGUAUCCUGUCUGGUUUUCUUGAACAUGGACAGGCUUGACUUGGCAGUCCUGGAAAUGGCACCUUCGUACGUCGAACAUCUGCCGGCCAGGAUCCACAGCACAUUAGGAAGCCAUUUUGGAGGGGGAGAUGUGUACGGGAAAGCGUUCAGCAGGGCACCGAGUCCCAAAGUUGCGCCGUGCACGAGGGCCUGGGACUCAAAGGCAACCGAGCCGUGGAUCAUCGCAGAGAAUACCGCAGCAGCCUGCUCCUUGACAGAAACGGGAGACAAGUACAAGAACGAAACCACCUUUUCAAUUAGUUUGGCCCGCUGUUUCGAGCUGAUGGUCAUCAGACACUCUGCAAACACGGGAGAAAUCUCAAAUGGCGCCAGUCCGAGUCCACCUGGUGCGUUUUGGUUGGCCUGGACAAGUUGUUCGCUGUUGUGGAACGAUAACGACGAGGUGAACAGGAAAGAAUCAAAUAGCACGGAAGCAGAUCUUUCGGAAACCGUUUGGUAUGGGUGCGACAGCGACUUGAAGAACUUGCGAGUGAAUCCGUCGAAAUCGUGGAACCUGUUCAGGUUCGACGACAUGUACGCUUUCAGGAACCCAAUCCGCGACGAGAUGAUGAACGGAGAAACAUCACCCGUCCGCGGGAUGUCAAAGUUGGUGAUGAGAGACACAAGCUCUGGACACCGGCGACAGUCGAAAUGCGCAGGCAGCCACCACGAGAACGUUUUCCAGAUCUUGUGUGUUGACUGUGUGAUUCCCGUCUUGAAGAUCUCUGCCAAUUUGGUGGCUAUUUGGUGGUCCGUCUCCUUCAAGUACUUUGGAUUGUGCUUUGCAGCAAGUAACAGAGCACAGUAA